AGCUGAGCCAAGUUACGUUCUGUACCUCAGUUUCUCCACCAGUGUUUAAUCUGCUACGUGCCAGACCUCCACCUGUAUGUUAGUUCAUUGCUUCACUAAUAACCUGCUAGGCAAGAAGCGAAACCCUGGCCUUAAAAUUCCAAAAGAAGCAUUUGAACAACCUCAGACCAGUUCCACGCCACCUCGAGAUUUAGACUCCAAAGCAUGCAUUUCUAUUGGAAACCAGAAUUUCGAGGUGAAAGCAGAUGACCUGGAGCCUAUAGUGGAACUGGGACGAGGUGCAUAUGGGGUGGUGGAGAAGAUGAGGCACGUGCCCAGCGGGCAGAUCAUGGCAGUGAAGCGGAUCCGGGCCACAGUAAACAGCCAGGAGCAGAAAAGGCUACUGAUGGAUCUGGAUAUUUCCAUGAGGACAGUGGACUGUCCUUUUACGGUCACCUUUUAUGGUGCACUCUUCCGGGAGGGUGAUGUUUGGAUCUGCAUGGAGCUCAUGGAUACAUCACUAGAUAAAUUCUACAAACAAGUGAUUGAUAAGGGCCAAACUAUUCCAGAGGACAUCUUAGGGAAAAUAGCAGUUUCUAUUGUAAAAGCAUUAGAACAUUUACACAGUAAGCUCUCCGUCAUUCAUCGAGACGUCAAGCCCUCCAAUGUGCUGAUCAAUACCUUGGGCCAAGUGAAGAUGUGCGAUUUUGGAAUCAGUGGCUACCUUGUAGACUCCGUUGCAAAAACUAUUGACGCAGGGUGCAAGCCGUACAUGGCUCCUGAAAGAAUAAAUCCAGAGCUCAACCAGAAGGGAUACAGCGUGAAGUCUGACAUUUGGAGUCUGGGCAUCACAAUGAUUGAGUUGGCCAUCCUUCGGUUUCCCUAUGACUCGUGGGGGACUCCUUUCCAGCAGCUCAAACAGGUGGUAGAGGAGCCGUCACCGCAGCUCCCAGCAGACAAGUUCUCUGAAGAGUUUGUGGACUUUACCUCACAGUGGUUCACAGGCUUGGGGACGGAAGGAAGUCACUGGAAACCAACUCCUGAACACCAGGAUAGCUGGAUUUCCUUUUCGCAUUCCCUUGAGGCCGAUUGAAGAGGCUCGGUGCCCAGCUGACCAGCCCGCGUGGCCAGCCCAGCAUGGCGGCCUGCGCUGGGGCCCACCCAGACAUCAACCCCAUCUCACUCAGAGGAACUAGUAUACAACAGACACAAUCCAAUAUAGUUCCCAACUUGUUCAGGAAGGACAGUAAAAAGAGGCACUGGAUAUGUAUUUAGCUUAUGACAUAGGUAUGGCUUGAGAGGCGUAGUGUGUUUUUAUUUUGUGGAUAUACCACAUAGCCUUCUUGGAAACGAGGGGAGGGGGGUGGGGAAUUCAAAUAGGCAGAAACCCUCUGGUCAGCACAAACUUCAAGCUAGCAAUUCUCAAGACAGCACGAAGCUGUGUUUUAGUGUCGGCCACGGUCAGGAGCGUGUGUUGUGGCAUUUGGAAGAGGAAUUAGGGCUGUUAGCUAAUUGCACGCUUGAAAAUGACAAGCCACUUGAAAAUUCAAAAGUCUGACUCCACUCCAAAAAGAAAUCAGUGUAGCUUUGAACUCCAUAGUUGUUAUUUUAUACUGAAUUUCAAGCACUUCCUAUUAAACAUGGAAAAUUUGCCUUUCCCCCAACCUUAUACUGAAUAUUUAGCUAUUCUUAGGCCAUGUUUUGAAGUGUUCUCAAUUUAAAAUAUAGAGAGAAUUGGUUCUAUCUGUUAUGUUAAUUUAAUAAACUGCCUUGGUUUGCUGUGUAAGUAUUUUUUUCCAUCCACACAGCCAUGGUAAAUUUUGAGCUUUCUAAUCAGGGACCAUGAAUCAAGAAAGAACCUACUGGUCAGCAAUCUCUGAGAUUUCAGGAAUCCUUAUCAUGUUAUGAUGGAUAAGCUUGGGGUACUUUCCCCACAUUUUCUUCAUACAGAUUUAAAAAAAUACUGGAGAAAUUUUCUUAAACUCUCCCAGAAUUGGAAAGACAUCCUGACUUAAAAUUGCCGCUCCUUAAAGAAAUGUAAGUUUUAAGUUCUUCUACCUGAAGAGGAAAGAGAUUAUAAUUUUAUUGUCUACUAAAUAGAAGCUCAGAAUUUAGCAGCCUCACAAAGAUCUCUGGGUGACAAAAGAGGCCAUUGUUUUUAACAUCUGAGAAACAAGCCCUUCCUCCUGCCUGCCAUUCCAGGGGGCCGUGGUCUUCAAGGAGGGUGUUUCAGGGUCAGUGUGGAGUUCAGCGCUGGUCGCCUGACUCCCUGUUCCAUCCGCUGAACCACUUCAAUAUCGAGUGUGGCUAUAAUGUUGAACUCGCGUUUCUCAUUCUUGAUUUUAGCAAGUUAAAGCAUUCAGAUUACAGAGAAGAUGUUCUGGUUUUUCAUUUGCUUUUCAACAACAGCUGAAAAUGUAGGGCUUUUGUAUGUCAGCCUGUUUGUUCUUUUUUUACUAGGGUCUCUGUGCGAGUCAGCAACACCCCUGAGAUCGCAUUUCAGCUUCUAUGCUUUCUUGGUGAAGUAGCUCUUGGAUUUAGAAAGAAGAACUUUUGCUUUUUGGGGUGGGGUGUACGGAGGGGUGGUUGUGGUGAGAACAUGCCCGAAUGACAGACAAACCAGCUGGAGAUGCUUCUAAGUCAGCGAUUUUCAACCUUUGUGCCGUGAGAAUUUUUAACACAUUUAAUACCUACUUAGUCAGGGGCAUUGACAUCUUUUCCCUUAGAUUGGCAAAUAAAAUGACAACAGCCAACACAGCAAUAGCUCUCUGGUGUGAAUGAAUCACAAUUAUAAUUAUUUUUUUGGUGUGCCGUAGAACUUCAGUAGUUAGUUGAAGUGUGCCAUGAGAUGGAAAAGGUUGAAAAUCGCUGUUCUAAGUGAAUUUCAUUCCAGAGAAGGGGAUAGAAGGUAGCAAUGAGGACAUAUGCCCAGUGCACAUGGCCCAGGGUUUCUCAAGAUAGGCACUAAUGAAUGCAUUUGGGGCUGGAUCAUUCUUUGCCAUGAGAAACUGGCCUAUGCAUUAUAGGAUGCCUAGCAACAUCCCUGGCCUCUGCCUACAGAUGCCAGUACCAUCCCCCUCCCCCACCAGCUGUGCAAACCUAAAACCCUUGCAGACUCCCUGGAGGGCAAAGCCCCCUACAGUUGAGAACCACCAGGAGGACCCUCUGGAAUCUCAGGAUACGGACACAUGCAGAGCCGUAGGGGGAGUGACGAGGUAUCAUUCAUUCAUUUCACUCAGGCACACCUUCCCAUGUCAAACCGCUUUGACAGUUGAUAAUUCCUCUUUCUAAUUCCCUCCUAUUUUUAUCCUCAGUUGAGAUGAAACUUUCUCUCAUAGGUUGUCUGGUCACUGAGGUCACUAGAUCCUAGAUCUGCCCUCAGUUCCAGAUUGAAACUUCUCUUCUCACAUCUACCUGUACCCUGUCUCAGGUUCCCUGGCUUCUACCCACAGAAUUGCCUGGAAUAAACUGGUAGGCUGCUUUAAGUUGUUUUGGUUCAAAAGCUUCCUCUUUUCUUCAUUCUGAUUUGUUUUAAACCACAGUUUCUCAAAGUGUCUCGACUACUUCACUCUUUUGUGGUUCUGUUCCUUGCUCCCACUGCCCUCGUUGUUGGGCUAUGUCACACAUACUAGGUCUCAUCUGCUCAAAAUGAUCCAUUCACACAGAUCCCAGCAACCUGAUAAGCAGUCACAUUUUGCUUCUUUCGACACCAGGCAAGUGCCUUUCCAUUCAUGUCUGACUUGUGACCCAACGGGCAGGGGAGUCUGUAGGUUGCCUCCCUACAUAGUUUUCAAAAUCAUCCUUUUCUUCAUUCCCUAACCUGGGAUUCCAACUCCAAAUAAAUCACUUCUUUUGUUGUUCCAUGUUAAGACUGGGGAUGGAU